AUGCUAUAUUACCUGUUUCAAAUGGCUGGCUCUGGAAUUGGUGGACUGCUCAGUGCAAUUCAUGGUUUCAAUACAGGAAUUCCUUUCGUCCAGAGACACGUGAAAGGUCCAAAGUGGCUUCCAUUUGUUAUAGGGCUUCCUCCACUACUCAUGUUCUCUGCAGCUAGCGCGACAUUUGGAGGAUAUGCAAUUCCAGUUUUUUCUCAACUUACGAUGACUUCAUAUUACGCUGCUUCAAUUGCCUCACAUUAUGGAAUAUCAUUGCUUACCAGACGUAUUGAGGAGGCCCAUACUUCUGGUGUUCAACCUAAAAGACUCAGCUGAUUGACUUGAGGUUGCAGGAGUGUGGGGUUAAAGAGAGAAUUUUAUGGCUUGACUUGCACAACAUGUUUUGGACCAAGUAUUUGACGGUAAGGGCAUUAGUGAAUUGAAGUAUUAACAGAGGGAAAAUAUGUUUAAUUUCGCAUAGUAUGAAGGUAUAUUUGGACCUUUUCCGAACAAUAUAAUGUAUCGAAGGGACAAGUUUGCGUUAGUACUCUGCAGAAGAUGCGUGAACUAAUCUUGCUUAAGGGGGGUGAAGAAGGGUAUCCAAUUGAAAUCUAUGCACUUUUUUUUCUUUCUAUUUUUUGCUUUGAUGUGCGCGACAUACUUGUAUCUUAUUUAUCAAAGUGCUUUUUAAUGGGUGAAUGACCAUAA